AGUUGCCAUGGGUGGCAAAUACGGUGGUAAAGGUGGAGGCCCAGGAGGAAAUUAUGGUGGAGGCGGAGGCGGUGCCUAUGGCCUGGGAGGUGAGACGGAAGAGAUGGACGUGGAUGACCGUGACAUCGGUCGCAUUGUGGGACGUGGUGGUUGCAACAUCCGAGAUCUGCAGGAAGGCACCAAGUGCAAGAUCAUAACGCCCAACAAGCGAGGUGACAAUGACGACCCUAGCUUGCGGAAGGUCAUCAUCCAGGGCACAAAAGAGCAGAUCGCGAGGUGCAAGGAGGCCAUCAACGGUGUCCUCAUGGGUGAGGAACCCAAGGAUGUGCUGGCCCAGUUGGAUGGAGCAGUGCUCAUUAAGAACAUCGAGCCGAUGUCUAUGGGGCACUUGGCCAAAAUCAAAGCCCGCAUCGAGCAGGACAUGAACGUUAGGAUUGAGCUGGACGCUCGCUCUGCGCGCAUCUGGAGCAAGGACAAUGACCACGACAAGGCAAUUGACGCCAAAGAAAAAAUUGAGGAAGAGAUGGAGGACAUCACUACAGUCGAUACCCUUACCGUGAGUGUGCCUGCCAACAUUGUGAAUCAAGUGAUUAACGACAGCGCCCUGAGACAGUUGCAAGAUCAAACUGGCCUAACUGCAAAUGUUUGCAAGAACGACCAGGGCACCGGCAUCCGACUCACCGGGCUUUCCGGUGCCAUCCAAGAGGCCAAAGCACUUAUUGAGCGCCGCAGCACUGGAGAGGGAGCCGAGUUUUUGGCACUGAUGCCAGGCCUAUUUGCCAAGUUGCAACCGAAGGCCUACUCAGACUUUCAGAGAGACUUGAGCUUCCUCAUGCAGAACACUGGGGCUCAGGUAACCAUUGCAGAAGGCUCCAACCGUGCAGACUUCAGGGGUGGUCCAGACGAGGUGCGACAUGCCAAGUCGAAACUGCAGAAGAUCUUGCACUUCUACUUCCCGCAGGAAUGCGAUACCAUCGAGCUCCCUCCCGAGUCCGUAGACUGGGUGGCUGGCGAUGAUGAUCGGGAACUGAUGAGACUGCAGAAUGCAGGUGCUGUCAUCGCCUUGGACCGUGCGGCUGCUACCAUGUGGAUGUGCGGCAAUCCCAGGUCGGUGGAGCAGGUGCGAAAUCGUAUUCGAAACUCUUUGCAGCGCUGGGACCGCGAGCAUGCUGUUAUCAAGCUGCAUUCCCGAGAGUCUGGUUGGGCCAUCAUUGGCAAAGGUGGCUCGACCAUCAGGGAGCUUCAAACCUCCACACAGGCCCGGAUAGAUGUCGAUCCAGACAACCAACGCGUUACCAUCUCUGGAAAAGAGGAUAGUGUAAGAGAAGCCAAAGCGCGUAUCAUGGAGAUCCUUGGUUCCAGAGGUGGUGGCUGGGGUGGUGGAGGCGGUGGCUGGGGCGGAGGCAAGGGUGACGAUGGUGGUGGUUGGGGACGAGGACGAGGUCGUGGUGGUCGAGGAGGAGGCGGUGGAGGUUGGAAAGGCGACGGAGGCAGAGAUGGCAGAGAUGGAGAUGAACCAGGUGGAGCUCAUGGAGGUGGUUUUGAGCCGGCCCAUAUUCCUGGUGCAGGCCCUGUUGAACCAGAGCCUCCGAAGCGCGCCCGUGGCAGGGGUGCAAGUCGCUGGUGAGAGGAGGCAGAGACCGUUGAUCCUCAAAGCCAAGAGAGAAAA